UCUUGCACUAUUUGAGCAAUAGUUUUUGGUGGAGAUUUGAUGGUUUUACAUGAGAAGGGUUCUUCAGAGCUUUCAUUACGGGCUCUGCUUUGCGGAAAAUUUUUAUGGGUUUUCUGUGUUUUUAUUGAAAAUGUCGUUAUUUGUUUCAUGCAAGGUGCUUCGAAGCCUUCUUUCCGGGUUUUGGGUUCCUGUGAAGCUUGAAUAAAAUUUCUUUCGUCCAUUUCUGUGUGUGUUUUUUCUGUUUUGAUCUUGGUUUGCCUUGAUUGGUGUAAAAGGCAUUUCCUUUGUUUCAAUUUCUGUCUGUUUUGGGGGAAAUGAGAUCUUCUUUUCGGUUUUAUUUAAUUUUGCGUUGUAAGCAUUGAUGAGUUUGUUCAACUUUGUUUUCAAGUUCGAAGUUGGGGAUUGAGGCCAAUGUCUUUUUAGAGGGUAGAGAAGGGGACACACUAUUAACUCAUUCGGAGGUUGGGUGGAUUGUCGUGUUUCAUUUAGUUUCUGGGCUUUUCAGGUUUGUUUGUUUUUCUUUUUUAUUUCUUGGUGUUUUGAAAACUUUGGUGGAUGUGUAUUUGCAGUUGAGGUGGAUCUGUUAAGUGCUGAAAACUAAACUUGUCUAUUGUCGAUUCUAGGGUUUCUAGGGUUUUUGCGACAGGGUUUUUAGUUUUGGGGUUUGGAAUGAUAGUUUUAGGGUGACUGUUCGUUGAAUGGGGAUUCAGACAAUGGGGUCUCAAGGUGGUGGUGGUGGUGGUGGUGGGCAACAGUUGGCUCGUCAAAGCUCGUUUUAUGCACUUACUCUAGAUGAGGUUCAGAAUCAGUUAGGGGACUUGGGGAAACCGCUAAGCAGCAUGAACUUGGAUGAGCUUCUCAAGAAUGUGUGGACGGCUGAGGCUAACCAGGCCAUGGGAAUGGAUGCUGAGAAUGUUGCCUCAGCUGGACAACUUGUUUCAGCUUCAGCUUCGACUUCGCUGCAGCGUCAGGCAAGCCUGACAUUAAUUACAUCUCUAAGCAAGAAGACUGUUGAUGAAGUCUGGAGAGAUAUCCAACAAGGGCAGAAGAAGAACACUGAAGAGAAAAAAGUCCAGGAAAGGCAGCCUACUUUGGGGGAGAUGACAUUGGAAGACUUCUUGGUGAAAGCAGGUGUUGUUGCUGAAGCUUCUACUGAGAAUCAGAAUGCUGGGCCUGCAAUGGGAGCUGAUUCAAUGGCAGUGUCUCCACAAAGUUUCCCACAACAAGCUCAGUGGUUGCAGUACCAGCUCCCUUCAGUGCAGCAGCAGCAACAACAUCCGCAACAAAAGAUGAUGGGUAUUUAUAUGCCAGCCUGUCCAGUUCCACCGCCUUUGACUGUGAGUGCAAGCCCGCUUCUGGAUGUGGCGUAUCCUGACAGCCAAUUGGCCAUAUCACCCCCUUUGAUGGGCACAUUAUCAGAUACACAGACACCGGGCCGGAAACGGGUUGCCCCAGGAGAUGUCAUUGAGAAGACUGUUGAGAGGAGGCAGAAGAGAAUGAUCAAGAAUAGAGAGUCUGCAGCCCGAUCACGAGCGAGGAAGCAGGCAUACACAAAUGAGCUGGAGAACAAAGUUUCGCGUCUGGAAGAGGAGAAUGAAAGGCUUAAGAAACAAAAGGAACUGGAAAACAUGUUGCCGUGUGCACCGCCUCCUGAACCGAAGUAUCAACUUCGAAGGACAAGCUCUGCCCCUUUCUGACUAGUGUGUUUGUAUGAAAGUUUUGUAGAGUUGUGUGGGGUAUAUUUCCUUGGAUUUGUGCAUUAAAACCGCUAGAUAACCCUUGUUUCUAAACCUCCAUACAUGUUGGGGCUAUCAUUGUAAAUUUAUGGGAAGGGCCUUGGAACGUUUCUUCUUAGAGGUGCUUGUUGCUUCUGUUGUUGUUACUCUUAGGCUUUUUCCCUACAUGGAGGUGUUGAGUGUAUGUACAUUUAUUAAUUACUUGAAGUUUAUCAGAUGCAUUAAUUGGAUUUGGUGUA